GUAGCCCGGCGCUCGGCCGGCCGCCGUUCCCAAGAUGGCCGCGGCGCGCACGGCUCCUGCGGCGGGCUAGAGGCGGAGGCGGAGUCGAGUCCCUCCCGCACCCCGUGGCGGCUCCGGGUCUCCCGCACCAGGCUGCAGCUGACGACCCGCGGCGGCCAUGCGGGGCUCGGUGCACGGAUGAGAGACGCCAUCGCCGAACCGGUGCCCCCUCCCGCCCUCGCCGUCACCCCUGCAGCCGCCAUGGAGGAGCCGCGGCCGCCGCCGCCGCCGGAACCCGAGCCCGAGCCCGAGCGCUGCUCGGCGGCGAGGCCAGAGUGCAUGUUGGGAGAGUCAGCUUGCAAGAGUCUGGAAUCUGACCCAGAGGACUUUUCUGAUGAGGCGAAUUCAGAAAACCUCUACAGCACCUCACCCCCGAGCACGCCCCGGCAGAUGAAGCGCCUGUCAACCAAGCACCAGAGGAACAGCCUGGGGAGGCCCGCCAGCCGCUCCAAUUUGAAAGAAAAAAUGAACACACCAACUCAGUCUCCUCAUAAAGAUGCAGGGAAAGGAGUGGAGACUGUGGAAGAGUACAGCUACAAGCAGGAGAAGAAGAUCCGAGCGACUCUGAGGACCACAGAGAGAGACCAUAAGAAGAACGCACAGUGCUCCUUCAUGCUGGACUCAGUAGCUGGGUCUUUGCCAAAAAAAUCGAUUCCAGAUGUGGAUCUCAAUAAGCCUUACCUCAGCCUCGGCUGCAGCAACGCCAAGCUGCCGGUCUCUAUGCCCAUGCCUAUAGCCAGAACUGCACGGCAGACAUCCCGGAGUGACUGCCCAGCAGACCGCCUCAAGUUCUUUGAAACACUGCGCCUUUUGCUAAAGCUUACCUCAGUCUCGAAAAAGAAGGACAGGGAGCAGAGGGGACAGGAAAACACGGCUGCUUUCUGGUUCAACCGAUCAAAUGAACUGAUAUGGUUAGAGCUCCAGGCCUGGCACGCAGGUCGCAGCAUCAAUGACCAGGACCUCUUUUUAUACACGGCUCGCCAAGCCAUCCCAGAUAUUAUCAAUGAAAUCCUCACGUUCAAAGUUAACUAUGGGAGCAUUGCCUUCUCUAGAAAUGGAGCUGGUUUCAAUGGCACAUCACUAGAAGGGCAGUGCAGAACCCCUCACACGGCAAACAGUCUGGGCUGUUCAACAUACCACGAGCACCUCCAGCGCCAGAGGGUCUCAUUCGAGCAGGUGAAGCGGAUAAUGGAGCUGCUGGAGUACAUUGAAGCACUUUAUCCAUCCUUGCAGGCUCUGCAGAAGGACUAUGAACGCUAUGCGGCGAAAGACUUUGAGGACAGGGUGCAGGCGCUCUGUCUGUGGCUGAACAUCACGAAAGACUUAAAUCAGAAGCUGAGGAUUAUGGGGACUGUUCUGGGAAUCAAGAACUUAUCAGACAUUGGCUGGCCAGUGUUUGAAAUCCCUUCCCCUCGGCCAUCCAAAGGCCACGAGCUGGACGACGAGGGUGAGGACACAGAGGGAGAGCUGAAAGAGCUGGAGAGUGGGACAGAGGAGAGCGACGAAGACCGGGCUCCCAACCCGCGGGCUCCAGAGUUCAGGCCGUCCACAGACAAUUUUCUGGACGCCCACUCACAGGACUGUACCUCCAGGAGGCUUGAGAGACUCGAGUCUGAGGAGGAUUCUGUUGGCUGGGGAGCAGCAGACUGUGGUUCUGAGGCCAGCGUCAGCAGGCAUUCUUUGACUUCUAUUUAUAGACCGUUUGUGGACAAAGCGCUGAAGCAGAUGGGGCUAAGAAAGUUGAUUUUACGACUUCACAAGCUCAUGCAUGGCUCCCUACAGAGGGCUCGAGUAGCUCUGCUAAGGAGUGACCAUCCAGUGGAGUUCUCUGACUUUCCAGGUCCCAUGUGGGGCUCGGAUUACGUGCAGUUGUCGGGGACACCUCCUUCCUCAGAGCAGAAGUGCAGCUCUGUGUCCUGGGAAGAGCUGAAGGCCAUGGACCUGCCCUCCUUUGAACCCGCCUUCCUGGUGCUCUGCCGAGUCCUGCUGAACGUGAUCCAUGAGUGUCUGAAGCUGCGGCUGGAGCAGCGGCCUGCUGGGGAGCCUUCUCUCCUGAGCAUCAAACAGCUCGUGCGAGAGUGUAAGGAGGUCCUGAAGGGGGGGCUACUGAUGAAGCAGUACUACCAGUUCAUGCUGCAGGAGGUUCUGGACGGCCUGGAGAAGACCGACUGCAACAUGGAUGCCUUUGAGGAGGACCUGCAGAAGAUGCUCAUGGUGUAUUUUGAUUACAUGAGAAGCUGGAUCCAAAUGCUGCAGCAGUUACCCCAGGCUUCCCAUAGCUUAAAAAAUCUGUUAGAAGAGGAAUGGAAUUUCACCAAAGAAAUCACUCAUUACAUUCGAGGAGGAGAAGCGCAGGCCGGAAAGCUUUUCUGUGACAUCGCAGGGAUGCUGCUGAAGUCCACAGGCAGCUUUCUGGAGUCUGGCCUGCAGGAGAGCUGUGCAGAGCUGUGGACCAGCGCUGAUGACAACGGUGCAGCUGACGAGUUGAGGCGGUCUGUCAUAGAGAUCAGCCGCGCGCUCAAGGAGCUCUUCCACGAAGCCCGGGAGAGGGCCUCCAAGGCGCUGGGCUUUGCUAAAAUGCUGCGGAAGGACCUGGAAAUAGCAGCAGAGUUUGUACUGUCUGCCUCGGUCCAAGAACUCCUGGACGUUCUGAAAGCGAAGCAGUAUGUCAAGGUACAGAUUCCCGGCUUAGAGAACUUGCACGUGUUUGUCCCCGACAGCCUUGCUGAGGAGAAAAGAAUUAUUUUGCAGCUACUCAAUGCUGCCACGGGAAAGGACUGUUCCAAAGAUCCGGAUGAUGUCUUCAUUGAUGCCUUCCUGCUUCUGACCAAGCACGGGGACCGAGCCCGUGACUCGGAAGAUGGCUGGGGCACCUGGGAAUCACGGGCUGUCAAAAUUGUGCCUCAGGUGGAGACUGUCGAUACCCUGAGAAGCAUGCAGGUGGACAAUCUUCUCCUGGUUGUCAUGGAGUCUGCUCAUCUCAUAAUUCAGAGAAAAGCCUUCCAGCAGUCCAUUGAGGGACUGAUGACUCUUCGCCACGAGCAGACAUCCAGUCAGCCGGUCAUUGCCAAAGCUUUGCAGCAGCUCAAGAAUGAUGCGCUUGAGCUGUGCACCAGGGUGAGUGACGCCAUUGACCGAGUGGACCACAUGUUCACGCUGGAGUGCGAUGCUGAGGUCGAUGAGUUGGAGUCCGCCACGCUGCAACAGUACUACCGAGAGGCAAUGAUUCAGGGUUACAACUUUGGGUUCGAGUAUCAUAAAGAAGUUGUUCGUUUGAUGUCUGGAGAGUUCAGACAGAAGAUAGGAGACAAAUAUAUAAGCUUUGCCCGGAAAUGGAUGAACUACGUCCUGACCAAAUGUGAGAGUGGCCGAGGCACACGACCCAGGUGGGCCACUCAAGGAUUCGAUUUCCUACAAGCCAUUGAACCUGCCUUUAUUUCAGCUUUACCAGAAGACGACUUCCUGAGUUUGCAAGCCUUGAUGAAUGAGUGCAUUGGCCACGUCAUAGGAAAGCCACACAGCCCUGUCACAGCUAUCCAUCGGAAUAGCCCCCGUCCUGUGAAGGUGCCCCGAUGCCACAGUGACCCUCCCAACCCACACCUCAUCAUCCCAACCCCGGAGGGAUUCAGCACUCGGAGCGUGCCUUCUGACGCUCGGAACCAUGGCAACUCUGUUGCUGCUGCUGCUGUUGCUGCCGCCGCCGCCACCACUGUCCCUGGCCGCCCUGGCCCAGGUGGUGGCGAUUCUGCGCCGGCCAAACCCGUCAACACUGCCCUUGAAACCAGGGGUUCCAGCGUCCCUGAAAAUGACCGCUUGGCAUCCAUAGCCGCAGAGCUGCAGUUCAGGUCUCUAAGUCGGCACUCAAGCCCCACGGAAGAGCGAGACGAGCCAGCAUAUCCCCGAAGUGACUCAAGUGGAUCCACACGGAGAAGCUGGGAACUUCGCACACUCAUUAGCCAGACCAAAGACUCUGUCUCUAGGCAGGGACCCAUGGAAGCUAUCCAGAAAUCAGUCCGGCUGUUUGAAGAGAGGAGGUAUCGAGAAAUGAGGAGGAAGAAUAUCAUCGGUCAAGUUUGCGAUACCCCUAAAUCCUACGACAACAUCAUGCACGUUGGACUGAGGAAGGUGACAUUUAAGUGGCAGAGAGGAAACAAGAUCGGAGAAGGACAGUAUGGGAAAGUGUAUACCUGCAUCAGCGUCGACACAGGGGAGCUGAUGGCCAUGAAGGAGAUUCGAUUUCAACCCAAUGACCAUAAAACUAUCAAGGAAACUGCAGAUGAAUUGAAAAUCUUUGAAGGCAUCAAGCACCCCAACCUAGUUCGAUACUUUGGUGUGGAGCUUCACAGAGAAGAGAUGUACAUCUUUAUGGAGUACUGUGACGAGGGCACGCUGGAGGAGGUGUCACGGCUGGGGCUGCAGGAGCAUGUCAUCAGGCUGUAUUCGAAGCAGAUCACAGUUGCCAUCAACGUCCUCCAUGAGCAUGGCAUCGUUCACCGAGACAUCAAAGGCGCCAAUAUCUUCCUUACGUCGUCUGGACUAAUCAAACUGGGAGAUUUCGGAUGCUCAGUAAAGCUUAAAAACAACACCCAGACCAUGCCUGGAGAGGUGAACAGCACCUUGGGGACAGCAGCUUAUAUGGCACCUGAAGUUAUUACCCGUGCAAAAGGAGAAGGCCAUGGACGUGCGGCAGAUAUCUGGAGUCUGGGGUGUGUCGUCAUAGAGAUGGUGACUGGCAAGCGGCCCUGGCACGAGUACGAGCACAACUUCCAGAUUAUGUACACAGUGGGGAUGGGGCACAAGCCGCCAAUCCCCGAAAGGGUGAGCCCUGAAGGAAAGGACUUCCUCGCGCACUGCCUGGAAAGUGACCCAAAGAUGAGAUGGACAGCCAGCCAGCUCCUCGACCACGCCUUUGUCAAGGUUUGCACAGAUGAAGAGUGACGCCCAGCAGUCCGUGGCCUAGUAGUGUGUGGCCAGAAUCCCCGAUCACUACUGUAUGUAAUAUUUACAAGAGACUGCCGAGCGCAGUGCAGCCUUUUUAACCUGCGAGACCGAAGACUGCACGGUGACAAGAGCACUGCUGAUGCUCCCGUGGUCUGCCGUAGCACAGGGCCCUCCUGAGCGACAGUGUCGACGAGGUUAAGGAAGCCGCAUGCUAAGUGCCAUUACUACUGUACACGGACCAUCGCCUCUGUCUCCUCCGUUCCUUGCGUGACUGAGAACCGUGACAUCAGUGUCGUGUUUUUGAGCUUCUGGGGUUCAAAAGAAAAUGUAGUGUUGUCAGGUGUCCAGGACCUUGUUUUACUCCCGUUUGUUGAGUGCUCUGACUGUGAAACCUCUCUGUUGGCGAGCUGCGAGUUUGUUAUGCAGAGGCUCCUUAGUGAGACUGCAGAAAAGGUUCUUUUUCAAUAAAUGGUUUAUUUUAGGAAAGCUAAGUCAGCGUCUGUUACUGGCUCACAGUGAAAGAGCGAGCAGGACAGAGGGUGGGGGUCUGUCACCUGCCUUUACCUGCUGUCCCUCAGUAGAAAGAGCACAGGGAGCAAGCUUGCCCAGUGGGACACCGAGCCAGGAAUGUCCCACCUGUAGCCCGUGAGCCGCGUGCGUCUCAGGAUCACUCUGAGUGGGGCUCAGUACAUAGGCAGAUGGAAGCAUAUCACACGGUAAGAUUGGGCACGCCUGAUCUAGUCUGCUUGCUCACAGGCGAAGGGUGUGACUCAGAUGAAGGAAGACUAAUGCUGAAGGUGGCUCCUACAACAGCCAUCCAUCCAUAGUGGAGGCUUAGGCCGUGUCCCAUCUGUGUAGAACCUGGGGCAGGGGGGCAGUGUGCAUGAUCUCUUCAUAGGCAAAUGUCUUUUCAGAGCCUAACCUGAAGUAGGCUAGACAAGUAGCUGGAGUCAGUUCUCUCCACCAUAUGGGUCCCGGGGAGUUGUACGCGGGUCCUAAGGCUUGGGCGUCAGGCUUUUCUACCUGCUGAGCCAUCUUGCUGGCCCCGUUUCUGUCUCCCAUUUGGGGGAAUGCCUGUUUAGAUAUUUUGCCGAUUUUAGAAUUAGGUUAUUUGUCAACUUUUGCAGAGCUUUAAGUGUUUAGUUUUUUUUUUUUUUUAACAUGCUCUUGAGUAAACCUUCUGUACCUAAUCUGCGGUGUGAAGAUGUCUUUUCCCAUCUGUGGUUUAUCUUCUUUUAGUUUCUUCAUAGCGUCUGUGAGAAUCAACAGUUUGUUCUAGAAGCCCGUUCAUUGUCUUGCUCUUUAUUGCCUGUGCCCACUGCCUGACUUACCUCUCAUUUUUGCUUUCGGAUUAGGCAUGAAUUAGGCCCCCUCUCUUUCAGUUGUUUUUGGGGAUCCAGGUUUGUGUCUGUUACAGAGACCUCUUUCCCGUGGAUCUCCUCACAGUGCUGUGAAUGGAAACGCAUUUCAGGUCAUAGUCAGCAGCUCAUGGCACAUGGACACAGAUACGGUGGACUUUGUGUUUUGAUCUUUUAUCAUGCAGCCUUGCUGACUUCAUCUCAGAGUUGUAGACUCCAUCCGUAUACAGCGACGUGUGGCCCAGGAGCAAGGUCAGUUCCUCUUCCUGGGGUGAAAUCUGCUUUGCAGUUGAAUGUGUCCCUUUUCUACCUCCCUGCAUCAUUUAUGCUAUUUUUGAGAGGACUUUCCCUCUGUAUUCCCAGACGGCUGUGCUCUGUAGCUCUUGUUUCUGGUGAUCCCUUGACUCCCUAUUAGGAGGGUGAGGCCUUCCUAGAGUGAAUCAGACAUCGCCUUUUCUCCAUUUACUCCGAGAUGGUGUGGGUUGUGUUUUCUUGAUCUUUUGUUGUGUCUUAGUUAGGACUUGCUCACAAAGCUGGCGGGGCUGGACCUGUCUGUGGAGGGCUGUUUUCAGUUUCUCUGAGCUGACUUUAGAAUCUCUCUGUCUCACCACGUUGUUGGAUUUCUCGGCAGACGGCCAGUCAGUCACUAACUGCCAUCACACUCGGUGUCUGCUCGGCCGCUGUCCCUCGGACUCCUGUGUACACAUCUGUCUGCUGUCCCUCAGACUCCUGUGUACACAUCUGUCUGCUGUCCUCGGACUCCUGUGUACACAUCUGUCUGCUGUCCCUUAUACUCCUGUGUACACAUCUGUCUGCUGUCCCUCAGACUCCUGUGUACACAUCUGUCUGCUGUCCCUCAGACUCCUGUGUACACAUCUGUCUGCUGUCCUCACAAUCCUGUUGUACCCGUCUGUGCUCUUUGAUAAAGAGAUAAAGGUCUGUCCAUCUUUUCAGUCUCUUCUGGCUUCACUGGUGUUUUCUCUUAUUUUUUUGAUUUCUGUUUUUUCUGUAGUGAUCUUCAUUAUUUCUUUCCUUACCUUUUAGGUUUAAUUUGCUUACUUUUCAAAAUACUGGUAAAAGCAUUCUGCUAGGCUGCUUUGGUCAGUAGCUUACACCAGGCCCAUGCCUACAGGUGACUUCCAAGUAAGAAGAGUCAGCCACUCCCAUGGGCACCAAGGCUGUUAAAGUGGCAGCUUCCAUCUGCGGGCACUAAUGGGUGGCAGGAGCUGCAGAGAUCCAGAGGGCCUGGCGCUGGUUCAUGGCUUACAUGGGCUUGGUGGCGGCUACAGCUCCAGGGUGGCACGGGGCAGCUGUAAAGUAGCAGAUAGUGUGAAUGGUAAGUGUGCACACAUGCAGGGUGUGUGCACACGUGAUAGUGUGAAUGGUGACUGCAUAUGCAGGGUGUGUGCACACAUGAUGUGUGAAUAGAGAAUGUGUGCACAUGCAGGGUACACGCACACGUGCCACAGCAAGUGUGUGUUGAUCAGAGUACUUGUGAGAUCUAGUUCUUUCCUUCCAACACAUGAGGCUUGAGGAUUGAACUCGUGUCUCUUGGCU